CUGGGAUCCCAACACUGGAGAUCAUAUAUAAUGGUAUGAACGGAUAUGUUGCAAACUUCAAAUGCACUGGAGAAAUAGGAGCACCGAAAGGUUAUCUUGAAAUUGAAAGUAACUUCGAGGGCUCAAACUUUACAGUGUUUCUAUCACAGAAAGACAAUGAAUAUGACAAGAACGAAAUUGGUUCAAUAACAAGUAUCACAGAAAACAAUGGACAAUGUAGUACUAGGAGAGUCAUUGAAUUUCGAAUAAACACUGCGACGGCCAAAUAUCACAACAAACUUUUGAAAUGUAUAUCUAAACCGUCACAAGCUCUGAUGGAUGGUAAGGCAGCCGAGUCUUCUAAUCAAGUCAUAGAGGUUAUCCCAGAAAACUAUUGCACUCAAAACCAGGUCUAUACUGGAGUCCUAAGACACCCCUAUCAUUGUAAUAUGUUUGUCGGGUGCCACAGCGGGGAUGUGUCGGGUGUGCCGGCAGGUUGUGGGCAAGGUAAUUGCUUUCAUGAGACGACGUGUUAUCCUUGUAAAACGAUAGGCGGAUGUUCCGUGACAGACAUAUACAUUGACAACUUUGUUGAUCAAAUACAGAUAGGAGAUUCUGUAACCCUAAUCUGUAAAGUUAAAGACUUUGAUGGUUUGACAGAUAUCGUCAUUUACAAGGAUAACAGUACCAUAAUAUCGAGCUUCCUGAACGGAGAGACUAACACCGGAUUUAAUAGAAUAACGGAAUUAAGCUAUAUUACCGGAAACAGUGGUCAACUGAUGCUAGUUUUAGCAUCAACGCAAUGUGACAACGCCGGCACUUACCGCUGUGUUCCAGAUGGCGCUGGUAAACAUUCUGCAGAUGAAACUAGUUUAGUCUUAAAAGAUGCGACUGGUAACACUAUUUGCUGAUUUGAUACUAAAGCACAUAUUGGAGUGAGAAAAAAACUUGCAACGAUAUAUAUUUACGUUUCUGAGUAAUGUUAACGACUAUACAAUUAAAUCACAAAUAAUAUA